AAGUUUUGCCGUAAACUGACCAUUUGGCGGGAGAUUUCGUACCGCUAAAGAGAACUAGAUGUCAACAAUAACGAUGGGAGAUAAAAAACACAAUUAUGAUCCUGCUUCGUUGCCUGACCUUUUGCCCAUGUAUUACAAGAGGCUCUUCCCUUACGGCCUUUACUAUCGGUGGCUGCAUUAUGGUGGAGUACCCAAACACUACUUCACACACAGAGAGUUCUCCUUCACACUGAAAGAUGACGUAUAUAUUCGGUACCAGUCAUUCUCUGACCAGCAGGAGCUGGAGAAAGAGAUCCAGAAGCGAUGUCCGUACAAGAUAGAUAUUGGGGCCAUUUUCUCUCACAGGCCGAAGGAACACAAGACAGUGAAGGCAGCAUCCUUCCAGGCCCAAGAGAAGGAACUGGUGUUUGACAUUGACAUGACAGAUUACGAUGACGUCCGCAACUGCUGCUCGGGUGCCGAGAUCUGCGACAAGUGUUGGCCACUUAUGAUCAUUGCAGUGAAGAUCCUUGAUGCGGCCCUCAGAGAUGACUUCGGGUAUGAGCACCUGUUGUGGGUGUAUUCCGGGCGCCGAGGCAUCCAUUGCUGGGUGUGCGAUGAAGGUGCCCGCAAACUCUCACAGGCAGCCAGGUCAGCCAUUGCUGAGUACCUCAGCGUUGUCAAGGGAGGAGACAAUCAAACCAAGAAGGUGACAGUUGAUGAUCGAAUGCAUCCUUCUGUGAAACGUGCCUUGACAAUCAUCGAGAAGCACUUUGUGGACUACGCCUGCCACAGCCAAGACUUCCUGGACACAGAGGAGAGAUGGGACAAGGUUUUGUCUCUCGUCCCUGACGCAGAGUUCCGUGAACAGCUGAAGGAAGAUUUUACAAAAACUGGAACCAACUCGGCCAACAGAUGGUCGAUCAUAGUCAGACGGGUGGAGGAGUCACUGACUGUGGAGAAAUACAGAAACAAGAAACUACGCCAUCUGAAGGAGGAAAUACUACUACAGUAUUGUUACCCUCGACUGGACGUGAACGUCAGCAAGGGAGUUAACCAUCUUCUCAAGAGUCCUUUCUGUGUCCAUCCUAAAACAGGUAGAGUCUGUGUCCCGAUGGAUCCUACCCUGAUAGAGAAGUUCAGUCCUUUCGAUGUCCCAACAAUAAGUGGUCUGCUCGAGGAGCUAAACAAAACAGAAGCUGUGACAACAGAAACAGGCAAAAAACAGAAAGACUACAAGAGAACCUCCCUGGGACCGACCAUCGACAUAUUUGAUGUGUUUGUCAAGCAGAUGGAGCAGAGUUGGCGAGGCACAUUGCAGGAACAGAGUGAUAUGAAGAAGGAAUUCUAAAGAAGGAUGUGGAUACUGGUGUGUUGCGGAUGUGAAACACAAGCAGGAAGCAGCUGUAUAUAGGAGCUGAUGUGUAUCGUGCUGAAUAAACACAGUGCAACUGGAGGUUACUUUUGUACAUAAACAUGAAAAAACCAAUCUCAUUAAAAUCAGAUGAUUUACAGUAAGUCAUGUGAGCUGAGCUUUCUAAACAGCCAGCUGACAUCUACACUAAAUUCUCAAUAUGUGUCAGUGUAGCAUUUAGAGCAGCUCAUCUGAUUUGACUAUCUCAAAACAAACUUAAACAGUAAGUUCCAAAUGUUGAAAACUAAGGCUGCAUCAUUACAUUCUCUGUGGGUGUUGUUUACAUCAUGUUGUUUCUGAUCUGUGUCCAGGGCAGAGAGGUGUUUUGUAUGAGAGUAAAUGAUCUGAUUUUAUGAGAAUUUAACUAUAUAAAACCGGUUUUUCAAUCUUUAUGUCACUGUUGAAUGUCUUAAGAAGGGGUGUGUAUCUUCACUGUAUAAAUAAACACAGAAAAUAUC